UUCCUAAUAAAUAAUAUGUGCCUACCUAUAUACAUAUUGUCGGGCCGCGGCAAGUAGCUCUUAUCGUAAUAUUCUUAUCAUACCUAUAACCCUUGUAAAAGUAAAAAUCAAAAAAAGCAAGUAUCAUACGGCGUAAGACGUCAAUAUAUUACCGAAUAUAUUUCCUCGGUGUUCAGCUCUAAUGCAGCUGGAACCACUCAACAAAUUUCCCACAAAAAAGUCUAGGUUAAAUAACACUUCACCAUCAUCCUUACCGGCCUAACUAAACCCGCCCGGUCUCCAACGCCUUCUUUUAGGAGUUAUAUACCGUCUCUGCUAGUUCAAUUGAACCGGAUUUUGGCUUCGUGGUCGUCUGUUACAACAUGGGAGGCCUGUCGCUAAAAGUCACCAACCGGUCACGGAAGGGCCUUAAGGGACUGCCCCCCUCCGUUGAGCUGGCCGAAGAUGCUACCGUCGAAGAUGCAAAGAAGGCUAUUGCGCGCGCCGCUAGGGUCUCGGACUUCAACCGCAUUGGCAUCUUCGACCCUGUCUCUAAGAAGACUCUUAAGGAUAGGAAAGCUCUGCUACGAGAACAGUCCGAGGUUGUGAAGCAUGGGGAACUGCUCGUCAAGGACCUUGGUGCCCAGAUUAGCUGGCGACUAGUCUACGUGAUCGAGUACCUCGGACCCCUACUCUUCCACCCUCUCUUCCUAGGCCUGCGAAACCACCUAUACCCAGCCGUAUACCCUCUGCUCAAGAACCAUCUCCCCUACGGUAUCCGGUCCGACGGGCAGCUCUCGUUUGCGCAGCAGGCCGCCUUCGCCAUGAUCACGGCGCACUUCGUCAAGCGCGAGCUCGAGACCAUAUUCCUGCACAAGUUCUCCGCCAACACCAUGCCCUUCGCCUACGUUUUCCGCAACUCCUUCUUCUACUGGACUUUCGCCGGUCUCCUCGGCGCCCUCGAGGUCUACGCGCCCUUCUCGCCUGCUGCUCUUUCCCCUGACGUCCCGACCCCUCUUACUUACCUCGGAAUCGCCCUCUAUUUUAUCGGCGAAAUUGGUAACUUCGACGUCCACUACUACCUAGCGCACCUGCGCAAGCCCGGUGAAACAGCCAGGAAGAUCCCCAGCGGCCACAGCUUUGGCCUUGUGACUUGUCCCAACUAUAUGUUUGAGAUCAUAGCUUGGAUCGGUAUCAUUCUGGUUACCCGCAGCCCAUCUCUACUGCUUUUCAUCUUCAUCGGCUCCUAUUUCAUGUAUACCUGGGCAUGGGGCAAGGAAAAGGCCUACCGCAAGCAGUUUGGCGACAAGUAUAAGAAGAAGCGCAGCGUCAUUCUCCCGGGCCUCCUAUAAACUUGUUAGGUUUGGAACCC